AUGGAAAAUCAGGACGUGGAAAGAGAAGAAGGUGAUGAUGGUGUUAAUGGAGGAGACGGAGGUGCUGUUGGUGGCAGAUAUGAAAAUAGCGGCUGGUUUGGUGGUGGAGAAGCUACUGUUGACGACAUAAUUGUCACUGGAUCCAAUCCUUCUCUUAUAGACAAGUUGAUUACUGAUUUGGAGGAUGUUUUUGCAGUCAAGGACAUGGGAAAACUUUCUUACUUUCUAGGUGUGGAAGUUAUCAGCCAAGGUCGCAAUAUGUUCCUCACUCAACGUAAACAUGUAGCAGACUUACUGCGCAAAACUAAACUAGACGGAAUCAAGCAUGUUUGCACUCUACUAGCAGCUCAGGCAAGGCUACAAAAGCAGGGCAGUGUAAAGUUUGAAGAUCCAACCUUAUAUCGCAGUGUGGUUGGGGUGUUGCAUUACUUGCAUUUAACAAGACCAGAUAUUUCGGUUGUUGUAAAUAAAGCCUGCCAGUUUAUGCAUGAUCCUUAUGUUGAACAUUGA